CUAUGACUGUGCAUGAUAAUAAGUCAGUUACACAAUAAUGUGCGCGGUCCCUUUAAGAGCCGGGAGAUCACGUGACCUCUUGUGCAACUCCAGCUCAGAGUGGAAGUGGGAGAGAAAGCCCUCCCUCUUUGUACUCCCAUUGGCUGCCAUGCUGUGCCCAUCAGGUUGGGGGAGCCUGAGGUGGCUGUAGAUCCUGUAACAAAGGCCAGGGUGACAUAGAAGGGGGGUGCUUGCCCCAUCUCUGCCUCCAGUGUGCUUUACUGGUGUAUGAUCCUUCUGUAGAUACCCCCCUCUGUAUCUAUAACAAGGGGCCCAGGACCUGCUUCAACAUGAAGUGUGAAAACUGCACCAAAUCGGUAUGUAUCAAGCUCUGAUCUAUCACUAGCACCCAGGAUAGGGGGGGAUUUAACCCUUUCACACAGCCAGCCCUGCAAGUUUGACUUUAAUGGGCUGUGCUCCUGGGUUAAUGCAUGCUUUAUACUCUUGUUUACAUUGUAUACAUGAAGAUUCUAUUUUUAGAAUGUCUGGCUUUUAGACAGGGUGAAGUUUAAUUCUGAGAUUCUAAAAUAAGAGAUUCUAAGAUGAUUUUAGAAUCUAAGGUUUAUUCACUAAACAGUGACUGGUGGUAAACUACAAAAAAAAAUGAGGGCUCAAUUAGCCAAGUUGGGAAAACAGCUGCAUUUGAGACUUACUCCAGUACAGCUACUCUGGUCUAAUGUUUGCAGUUUGACUUUCAGUACAAUAGUAUUCAUUUUUUAUUUUUUUUUUAAAUGGUUAUUCACUCAAUUCUGAAUUGAAAUGUCAAUUCGUGGGGGGGGAAGAUUUUGGAAAAUUCUCUAAUUCAGUUUUUGUCACAACUUGACUAUUUUAGUCUGAAUUUUGACAUCAGGUUUUAAUUUACUACAGUUUGGGGUUUAGUAAAUAUAAAUAACCGUGCGAUUAAACUAUAAGGGAUUAUUCAGUAAACAUUAAGUGGUGAGUAACUCAAAACUAAAUCACAAAAUUCAGGGUAAAAUUGUUAAGUUGAAAUGGAAAAUUUUUGCAGAUCAGUUAAUUUAACCCAAAUUUUGCAAUCUAAUUUACAGUUCACCACCGUCUGCUCUAUUGAAUAUGCCCUCUCUACGUGUGCAGCAUGUAGUGUUACUGUCAUAUGGCCAACUAACAGGGUUUUUUAACAAAGUGAGAAUUUCAUUGUACAGCGCUACGGAAACUGAUAGCGUUAUAUAAAUAAUAAUAAUAGGGUUCAAGAGUGCUUUGAAACUGCAGAAUUUUGGGGAAAUGUCAUCCUAAAAUUAAAAUUUGGUACACCUUUUUUAUUUGCACAUCUUUCAGUGCGAACGUGUGUGACAUUUACUCAGUGAUAUUGGUUGUUACAAGUGACCAGAAGCAUUUUAAGCUAAGUCAAUAUUUUUGGAUUAAUGGGAAAACAUAUAAAAAAAAAUUUCCACUUGUUAUGAUCAGCACAGCACACCGUGUGACCGCAUUGGGUAAUAGUGUUUUCUGAAAUGAAAGUGUGUUUUUACAAAAUUGCAAAACUUAGGCCAAAAUAGUUGUAAAUGUUUUAAAUAUUCUCCAAUAUCUAGUGAAUUUUUAAAAGUUCAAAAUGAAUUUCAAAUCCCUAAUUUUUCUUUUCCCUUUACAAUGAAUCGUAGUGACUUAAAAACUGUAUUGUAAAAUUUAGGUACAAACAGCUGAUUUGGGAAAAAUAUCUAAAAUAAAAUACAGCUUACCUGUUUUAGCGUGCAUUUUGCAGUUUGGUUUUCCAAUCCCUGUUUGGUAAAUAAAAUCAAGUGUUCACAAAACUGCCGAUCUUAGGAGAAAAUAGUUGAAUUGUGGGGAAAAUAUCUACACACUAUUACACGUCCUACUAUUUCCUGAAUUAGUGGUUUAUUCAAUAAACAGUGCGUUGACAAACAUUGCAAAGUAGCCAACAUUGCAAUAUAGCUAAACAACAGAUUUAAAAAAAAAAAAUAAUAUUUUGUUACUGGCUUAUUUUGGGUUUAAAAUGUUGCAACUCAUUUAUCAACUCACAGUUAAGUUAUGAAGCAAUUACUUUAUCUCUAUUUAUGGAUGUAGACGAAUGUUAGUGUAGGCACAAAGUGUAAUGGAAUGUUUGGGACUGUAGGACACAGUUUUAUAAAGUUUGACAGCCUGUGUGGGGUCAGACAAAUUCUUUGAAAUUAGAAUCAUAGACAUAGAAACGUAGAAUGUGACGGCAGAUAAGAACCAUUCGGUCCAUCUAGUCUGCCCAAUUUUCUAAAUACUUUCAUUAGUCCCUAGCCUUAUCUUAUAGUUAGGAUAGCCUUAUGCCUAUCCCACGCAUGCUUAAACUCCUUCACUGUGUUAAUCUCUACCACUUCAGCUGGAAGGCUAUUCCAUGCAUCCACUACCCUCUCAGUAAAGUAAUACUUCCUGAUACUUCUUUUGCUGUGGUAGUUUUUCUUCUUCUAAAUUAAAAAUUGCUUCUGCAUCCCCCCCUUCCCAUUCAUGUUUUGCCCCUAAAGCUAUAGCAACAUUUGCACCGCGGGUAACCAGUAACCACAAUGUAGCUGAUAUCGCAGUUUAGGUUUUAGGGAGCGAAAUAAUCUAUGAUUUCAUAAAACAACCUCCAGCAGCUGGAUAUUCUAAUAUCCAAAGCUAAAUUUUUACUUGCAAAUGGCCUCUUGCAAAAAACUGUAAAUAGUUGGUAAAGGAAGUAUGGUGAUUCUAGCUUUAGAGCAUGGGUGCCCAGCCUGAACAGUGGUUUUUGUAGAGGGGGGACUGGGCAGGGGAUUUUGUACAGGGGGGACUGGGCAGGGGAUUUUGUACAGGGGGGACUGGGCAGGGGAUUUUGUACAGGGGGGGUACUGGGCAGGGGAUUUUUGUAGAGGGGGGACUGGGCAGGGGAUUUUGUAGUGAGGGGGUACUGGGCAGGGGAUUUUGUAGUGGGGGUACUGGGCAGGGGAUUUUGUAGAGGGGACUGGGUAGGGGAUUUUGUGGGGGACUGGGCAGGGAUUUUGUAGUGGGGGGUACUGGGCAGGGAUUUUUGUAGUGGGGGUACUGGGUAGGGGAUUUUGUAGAGGGAUGGGGCAGGGGUUUUGUAGAAGGUGGGGGGUUGUAGAAAUGGGAUUGGGCAGGGGUUUUGUAGAUGGGGUGAUUGGGCACAGGUUUUGUAGAAGGUGGGGUUUUUUUGAAGGGGGACUAUGCACGGGUUUUUGUAAAUGGGGCAGGGGUUUUGUAGAAAGGGGGUUUAGAAGGUUUUUUUUUUUUAAUUGCCUACUACUGUUGUAGCAGGCAUUAAAGAAAAAUAGAAAACAUUUUAAAAACAAUUUACAAAAAAUAGUGGUUGUUUAACAUUUGAAUUGGGGAAGAGGUGUGCCAAAAGCUAUAGGUACGUCUCUGAGCACAUUACAUUCUGUGCUCCUCCUGCACAGCUUCCUCAGCGCCUCCAGAGAGCUGUCCACCGGGAUAUGACGUCAUCCCUGCAUCACUGCUGGGCGCGCAAGGGCCCUAUGCAUGAAGAGCACAGAGGUCCCAGACUCCAUCCCAGCAGCAACCACUGGCCACCAGGAAGAGGAUCCACUCCAGCGCUCCCAGAGCAAGUUAGGGAGGCUGGGUAGACCUCUUUAGUAUUAAAUGUGUGUGCAUGUGAUUUUUGUGUAUGUGUUUUUGUCAGUGAUUGGCUGUGUGCGCGGGGGGAGCAGGGAUCUGUGAACAUGUCUGUGAUUAUGUUUGUGGGUCUGUGAUUUUGUGUGUGUGUAUUUGUGAUUGUGCGUAUAGGUCUGAUUGUGUGUGUCGUUGAUUAUGUGUGUAUAGAUUUGGGACUGUGUGUGUGUAUUUGGGGCCAGUACAAACCUUUAUCUGGAAAUCUAUUCAUAAACAGGGCUAUACAUAGUACACGAGGUCACACAUUUAGGCUGGAUGAAAGGAGAUUUCAUCUUAUGCAAAGAAAAGGUUUUUUAUACAGUAAGAGCAAUAAGGAAAUUGAAUUCUCUGCCUGAAGAGGUGGUUUUGUCAGUCACUGCAGAGGUUUAAACUGCAAUUGGAUAAAUACUUACAAAAACAUAACAUACAGGGCUAGAAUUUCUAAUUAGUGGGGUAAUAGCUGCUUGAUCCAAGGAGACAUCUGACUGCUAUUUUGGGGUCAAGAAGGAAUUUUUUCCUAGUUUGUGGCAAAAUUGGAAGCGCUUCAGACUGGGUUUUUUGCCUUCUUUUGGAUCAACAGCAACAACAUAUGUGAGGAAGGCUGAACUUGAUGGGCACAAGUCUCUUUGUGUGUGUACUUAUACACGUUUAUAUGUUUAGUAGAUAGCUGCCUAAUUUGAUAUUCUUAAAUAUGCCAGUCCCACACAAGGAUAACAAAUAAGGGAAUUAUCUACUAAACAAUUAAAAUAUCAAAAUUAAGAAAAGGGCUUUUAAAUAUAUAUUACUUGUAUACAUUAUCUAUGAUCUAUAUUAUAUAUUUUAUGUGUUGCCCAAGACAAUUCCAAUGCGCUCAAUGCGGCCCAGGGAAGUCAAAAGGUUGGCCACCAAUGCUUUAGAGGGCCAAUGAUGUGGAUUCGUAUAUAAAAAUUGGACAUUUUAUCACUGGUGUGGCUAUUGAAGGGCCAAGGCACACGUGGCACCGGGCUUAGAGCCGUGUGGGGGGCCUUGAAUAAACGUCUUCUGCUGAGUUAAAAGCACUAUUGCACUUUCUGGGUAAGCUAGCUGUAAUUAGAACUCUCUUUAUAUGUGUGGGUAAUUAAUUGCAGCAACAUGUGACCCUCUGGCUGUUAAACAAAAAAGUCAGGUGGGUUCUUAACUAAAUCUCUAUGGCUUCUAAGUUCUCUAAAUAUUUGUCUGUUUGCCCCUAAGCUGUUUUGUGUGCUUUGAAAUAAACAGAUGAUCCUGUCGUGUUUGUUAGGUUUAUGCAGAACUGAAUGGCUUUUAUAUUUUUAACAGUAUGCUAUGAUACUUUUUGAAUGUCAAGUCAUUUGCUAGCAAAGCAUCUGGUGGUUAGAGGGCUGAGAUAUAGGUGUCCCCUGUAAUGCUGUCAUUCAGUUACAUAGGAGCCCAGUUGAAGAGUUAUUUAGUAAAUAGAAACUAGACCUUACCCAUGUGAUGAAUUCCUUAUUACCCUUCUUCUGUCUUUUUCAAUUAGCUUUCUAUAUUGUUUUCCUGUUGUGUGUUUUUUGUUUGUUUUUGUUUGUUUUUUUAAGAGUUGGGCAAUGCAUGAAAGAUGCUGCCGAUUACGCGUUAGAAUUGAUUAGUUUCAGGGAAAAAAUGUAUCAAAUAGUUGAGAAGGGCUCCUUUGCAAUCGAGGCUCUCCCUGCAGCGCAUGAAUACUGCAUACUCUUGGUCAUCACUUUUCGCAUUCAACCCAACAGCACGCAGAAAGGCGUGCAGGAAAACGUGUUGGUUCUGCUAAAUCUAGUUUGGUUAGAUUAAAAACAGGUAAAGUAUUAGGGGUCCAGGCACUCCUUGGUUCAAGACAGGCACUUUAUUGGGAACCACAACAGCAACGUUUCGACCCCAAAAGGUCUUUGCCAAGCUUCUAUUAUACUAUUAUAUACUAUUAUAUAUACAUUUACUAUUCAAGAUUAAAAACAGGGUCAUUUCCAACUUGUGAUUAACGAAAAACCAAUCAAAAUAAACCAUGUGUUUAGGUGUAGAUUUUGCAGAUGUUGCUGGGUGGCUGAACGUUUUCACUUUAAUGUUAAGAUGUCUGUCCUCAGGAAUGCAGCAAAAAAAAGAAGAAAAAUGAGAGUGGGGCGUCUGAAGAUGCUGAUCCGCUGGCUGUUGCCUUCGCAGACGGCGAGGAGGUGAGAACUGACUGCCCUCUAUCCAAAAAUCAUCUUAUCUGACACCCAACAUGUGCUUUCUUAGGUUACCCAACCCUUCAUGGCCUUAUCUCUAACCCUCACCCCUUUCUCAGUCCCUCUCCUGCCUUCUGUCCUUGGCUGCUGCAGAUAAAUUCAUAAUUCAUACUUGUGACUGAAUUAUGAUGCAGACUCCAAUCAUUCCGAUGCUUUGCCUUUCACUUAUAUUUACAUAAUUAUUGAUUUAUAAUGAAUUUUGGAAAAUGCAGCGUAAGGUGUUUGCAGAAUGAGCUUGCAAUUAAAAAAAAAAAAAAAAUGUUUACACUUUUUUUUUUUUUUUUUAACUAAAUGUUGAUUCUAAAUGCCGGUAUUUCGGACCUAGAGUGCCGUUAUGGUCGGGAUCAGUCUGAUAUGCAAAUAGUAUCGGUUCGCUCUGUAAUGGCCUAAGUGAGCAAAAACUAUUUUGUGACCCGAUCGUGGAUUUACAGAGUUUCUCUAACCUUUUGUCCGUUCCCAGAGUUGUCAUAUUAUCCGUUUUUAUGCUACGGGCUUGUUCUACCCUAAUCUAUUUUAAUAAAAAAGUACCCUUUCUGCCUUAUUCUGACUUACCAUUUUUACCCUUUAGGCCUUUAAAUACAUUGUAUUCAAACGUUUCUUUAUGUGGGGGGUAGGGUGGUUGGGAGGGUUGGGUGUAAUAAAUUGAUUAAUAAAACUGGGCAUAGAUGGUAUUUUGCUAAAUUCGAAAUUAAAGUAAUUCUAAUGUUUCGUAACGAGUUUGCUGUAUAUGAUGCUUAAUAUAAGAUAAAAAUAAUAAGAGAGAAAUCAGUUAAUCAAUACGGAUUGCUUAAUUUAAUUCCCUAUUGCAGGACAUUAAUUAUGCAUACUGUAGGGCAGCCCUUUUCAAGUCAUGCCCCUCAACAUGAAGAAAUGAUAUGUGGCCAAAAAGCUUGGUGGGUCUGUCCACCUUAGCUGGGAUCCAAGGUUUUGGCUACCUUGUUCCUUCUAUUUGCAUCUUUAUCUUUUCUCACCUAGAAGUUUGUCUUUGAAACCAUCUCACUACAUUUAAGUCACUAAUUACCAGCGGUUCCUUUCUCUCUCCACAAGAACGAGUUCCACCGACUCACUGAAGCUCGUAUCUUUCUGAGUGACUGCAUGGCCUGCGGAAACUGCGUGACGUCUGAGGAGGGGGCUCAAAUCUUUGCUCAAAACCAGAAAGCAUUUUUCAAAGUACUAAACCUUAACAAGGUAAGAAAAACUCAUUGGAACUUGUGGUUUCCUCAAAACCUUAAUUUAAAAAAAUAAUGAUCUUUGUUGCUUUUGCAGAAAUGCGACACGUCCCUGCACCGUCUGGUGGUUGCUUCUGUAAGUCCACAGUCCGUACCUUACUUUGCCGUCAAGUUUCGUCUGUCUGUCUGUGAAGCGGCCAGGAAGCUCUGUGGUUUUCUAAAGAGCCUGGGUAAGAUACUGUUAAUGCUGUAAUGUUGUUGUGUUAGCUUUUGUCUUUGACCAAGGGUACAGUAACCAAGGAUACACAGACGCCCUAAGUAACACAUUCAUUGGAAAAUAUAACUGAAAAUGUUUUAAAUGGACACCCUAAGCUGCAUUAGCACUAUAGCUUGCUGUAGUGGACGCGUUGCCCACAAUGUCUUGGAGACAAAUUCCUCUGCAUUCUCUAAUGGAAUUAGUGUUUUAUGCAGUCUCUGAAGAUUGCUAGAUUCUGUAUGAGUGGACGCUGAUUGUACUUGUUAGUAAAGUUAAUACUGGUUUGAUCGUAGCGUAAAGUAGAAAACCUCGCAUUCUCCUUGGGGGAUUUCUGAGUCAGUUUGAAUAAUUUAGUUGUGAUCUGAUCAGAGAUCUAUAAAGUGCUAUCUCUGCUUCUCCAUAUCCACCUGGUGACCUGCUCUAUAGAACUAAACCGAAUACUUUAGGGGAGAUCUUAUCUUUAAAGGAUCUUAACAUGUAUACCUGGGAGGAAAGACGAGGCAGGGGGAUAUGAUAGAAAUAUUUAAAUACAUAAAGGGAAUCAACACAGUAAAGGAGGAGACUAUAUUUAAAAGAAGGAGAACUAUCACAACAAGAGAACAUAGUCUUAAAUUAGAGGGGCAAAGGUUUCAAAAUAAUUUCAGGAAGUAUUACUUUACAGAGAGGGUAGUAGAUGCAUGGAAUAGCCUUCCAGCUGAAGUGGUAGAGGUUAACACAGUAAAGGAGUUUAGGAAUGCGUGGGAUAGGCAUAAGGCUAUCCUAGAUAUAAGAUAAGGCCAGGGACUAAUGGAAGUAUUUAGAAAAUUGGGUAGACUAGAUGGGCCGAAUGGUUCUCAUCUGCCGUCAUAUUCUAUGUUUCUUACCAGGGAUCUAUAAAGUGCUAUCACUAAUUCUCUAUAUCCACCUGGUGAUCUGCCCUAUAUUACUGAACACAAUACUCUAGGUGAGAUCUUACCAGGGACCUAUAAUAUGGUUGUUGAUGUCCCACGACUCUGCCUUUCUAGGUAAGGGCUAUUAGAGAUAAUAUACUCUCAUGUGUCUUUUUCCUUCUUCUCUCUCGCAGGUGUCCAGCAUGUAUUUGACACAACAAUUGCUGCUGACUUCAGCAUUUUGGAGACACAGCGAGAUUUCAUACAAAGAUUUAGACGGCAGACUCAGGAUGAACACGCCUUCCCCAUGUUUGCCUCUGCAUGUCCAGGUAUGCUUCAGAAGAGGACUUCAUUUUGAUCUUGCCCGAAUAUUGGUAAACUGACUUAGAAUGAUGGCUAACAGGUUAUCAUCCUUUCCAUCAGUUUUGACAAUCUGCAGAUUUACAGAGUAUCCAUUGACUGACAUGACUUUGCAGUCUGCUAGGGACAGACUGCAGUUGAAUGGACGGCAACUACAUAGACGGGUUUACAGCAGUCAGAUCAGAUAACUGGGGCAUGACUCUGCAGUUUCGUUUAGUAUAUACAUCAUCUGGUAUUUGUAUCCCUAAGGUGCAUGAUCUAACAAUAAAAUUCACAGAAUUGGCAAUCACGGUACAGACUGUCUUGGACAUUACAGCAAUUAAAAACAAUAUCGGAGGAAACUAACACACCAUGUACCCUGUCCAUGUCAAUAAUGUGAUUGGAUGUGGUAAACACACUAGGUUAUAGGUCAUGGAGUGAUAUUUCUAGUGUGAAACUUGUUUUCGCAAUCUUCCAUGCCCAGAGCAGUUCACUCCUUUUCAGGAAACUGCUGAUGUAUGGGAAAAAUCAGUUUUGCUUUGUGUACAUUUAAAUCUUUAAAUGCCUUUUUAUGAGCUCAGCUUUCGGGAGUUUGUUUCCUAAACAAACAAUGACAUGGCAAAUAGUCUGCAAUCUGCUUCUAGACAGCCACAAGACUUGCGAGGGAAAGGUGAUCCAUCCAUUAAUAUGAUCCUUUUCAGAAAUGGAAACCUCGUUGGUCAAUCCAUCUGUAAACACAUACAGAGGUUUAUUCACUAAAUAGCUAAAUAAGAACUGAAAGGCAAAAAGUGAUUUGUAACAUUCUCUAAAAGUUCCAUCUUGACUAUUUUGGUCCGAGUUUUACAAUUCAGGUUUCAGUGUUUAAUGAAUAAAUCUACAAGGUUGUUGUUCAAUAAAGCAAGAAUUGUCGGGCAUUUAAAAUUCAUUUAGAAUUUUACACCAAAAUAGUAGAACCACAAUGAAGCUCACCAGGAUUUUUUUUUUUUUAAUUUUUCCUUUUCAAAUUCAGCUAUUGUGCAUAAAACUUUAAAAACACGUUCUAUUCUUGACAAUACACACUUUGAUGAAUAACUUGGUGUACACAUAUAUUUGAAAACUAGUUUUUUUUUGGGGGGGGGGGAGGAGUGAUGUUUGGACUAAUUCUAGUAAAUAAUGCUUUUCUACUCUACAUGCAUUUAUAAACCAGAAUUCUUUAUUUUGGUAUAGGUAUUAAAAACUGUUUACAGAACACCAACACAGUUUUCAGCACUCGAUUCUAAGCUACAUAGUAUAAUCGAAAAACAAUUCAUGCAACAGGUAUAGAGAGCUUGGCUAGAAAAUGUAUAAUACAAGGAAAGACAACUGGGUAUUUUGCAAUCGACAGUGAUACGAGUGAAUAGUGUCUUCUUUGCUAACCUCUUGGGAAAUGUUCUCUACUCCCUGUAAUAUGUUCAGAGUGUGGUGCAAAUGGCUUGUGCUUGCUAUAGAAUACAAAUUUAGAAUUGUGGGUGUUUUUCCUUGUCUUACUCUGAUUUUCAUUUUUUUUCCAGGGUGGAUGCAGUAUGCCGAACGAGUACUGGGUGACUCUGUGACUCCACACAUUUGCACGGCCAAAUCCACCCAGCAGAUCAUGGGAUCUCUGGUUAAAGGUUACUUUGCUUCUCACAAGGUGGGUCUGGGUUUUAAAAUAUUAAUAUUCUGCUAUUUGGGCUAAAAUCUAAAGUUUUGUAUUCUGUAUGUGUCGAAUGUGUAAAAGUAUGAGUGAAAUUUUAUAGCUCCUUUUAUUUGCCAAUCGGGCAGCCAUGAGAUUAGCAGGUUCCCACCAUAACCUGAAACCGUGUGUAAAGGGGGAAGUGAUAAGGUGGCCCCAGGCUUCCUGGAUGAUCUAUUCCAAACUACUGUUGUAGGAACUACAAAGUAACACGUUGGUUCUACUGAGAUUUAAAAUGCUGACUACUUGCAUGGCAAUAAAGACAAGCUGGCGUGAAUUGCUGAAUUACAUAAAGAGUAGACAAUUUCUUUGUUAGAGAGUGGUAAGCGUUAAAAGAUUUUGCUGUGAGCUGGUCGGCCGGGGGAAUGAUAGAGAUUUCCCUUAUAGGCCUACACCAUCAAUCCAGUCUUCAGUGACACACAGCGGUCGAGGAUUUGCCAGGAUCCCCAUUGGAAUUGCAUUGUAAAACUCCCUCAAUCGUGUUUUUUAGGGCUGGUUGAAGACUGGGAUGUAGAUUUAUGCAGUGGUCAUGGUGAGCACGGACUGCGAUUUGUGAACCUAAAUCUGUGGAUUUGUCUUCUUCUUUCACUCAGAACCUUUCUCCUGACAAAAUAUUCCACUUGACCAUAGCCCCCUGUUACGACCGGAAAAUGGAGGCCCUGCGGGAAGAUUAUUACACAGCUCUGUAUAAAUGCCGGGAUGUUGACUGUGUGCUUACCUCAGGUAAGUCUCUCUCCUUCUUUCUCUCUGUAAGCUGGACAUGUUUACCCAACCAAUCAGAAUCUAAAGAGGUCAACAUUCCGACUGACAUGGCAAUAUUAAGCUUAUGUUACAGUUUAUUUUUAAUUUUUGGUGGGGUUGUUUUUGUUAUUGUUGUUCUUCAUUAAAGGGGCACUUCAUGCACUAAAACAGCUAAAGGAAGUUGUUAUUCUGCCAGAAGGCCCCACGGCACAUUCUUAACUUCAGCGGUUAUACCAUUCUCGAACGGUUUAAUCCCAAAGUUGGCUAAAGCGCAAAUGUCAACUCCUCCCCAGGCGGCAUCCGGCUUCUAAAAUUUCAGUUUCUGGAAGUGUGGUGUUCCGCUGGGCAGGUGGUCUGCUGAUUGGCUGAGAGCAGUCAUCUGACACACUCAGCCAAAUAAUGACUCCCCAUUCACAAAACUGGCCUGGGAAAGGUACAUUUCUUUCCAAGCCUGUUUUGCGAGUGUGGAGUCACUGCUUGGCUGAGCGCAUCAGCUGACCUCUCUCAGCCAAUCAGCAGACCACCUGCCCAGCAGCAUGCCACGCUUCCUGAAACUGAAAUUUCAGAACCCGCAUGCCUUCUGGCGGUAGUUGAGAUCGGCACUGGAAGCAACUUUGGGGUUAAAGGAACACUAUAGUCACCUAAAUUACUUUAGCUAAAUAAAGCAGUUUUAGUGUAUAGAUCAUUCCACUGCAAUUUCACUGUCAUUUAGGAGUUAAAUCACUUUGUUUCUGUUUAUGCAGCCCUAGCCACACCUCCCCUGGCUAUGAUUGACAGGUUUCACUUUCAAACAGAUGUAAUUUACCUUAAAUAAUUGUAUCUCGAUCUCUAAAUUGAACUUUAAUCACAUACAGGAGGCUCUUGCAGGGUCUAGCAAGCUAUUAACAUAGCAGGGGAUAAGAAAAUCUUAAUUAAACAGAACUUGCAAUAAAGAAAGCCUAAAUAGGGCUCUCUUUACAGGAAGUGUUUAUGGAAGACUGUGCAAGUCACAUGUAGGGAGGUGUGACUAGGGUUCAUAAACAAAGGGAUUUAACUCCCAAAUGGCAGAGAAUUGAGCAGUGAGGCUGCAGGGGCAUGUUCUAUACACCAAAACUGCUUCAUUAAGCUAAAGUUGUUCAGGUGACUAUAUUGUCCCGAUUUAACCCUCUUGAGGUAAGAGAGCGCUCAGGGGUCUCCUCGCACCAUAAAAUCUUUUAUUUACAUGAAUUUGUUCUGCUGUCUCAUGCUGCCUAACUUGCAAUGUUACAUUUUUGGCACUGGCAGUAAAUAACAGAAGCUCCAUUUUUAAACAAGCCCAUCAAUGCUGAUUUGCACCAGUGUUUUGAAAAGUGCUUUACUGUCUUGUUUCUGGUCGUCAGGAGAAAUCAUGCAAAUAAUGGAACAAAGAAACUUUUCCAUCAAAGAAGUCGAAGCCUCUCCAUUAGAAAAUGUGUGAGUUAUCACUUCCUUAUUAUAAUUUUAUUUCAUAGCAAUGAGCCAUAUCCACAGUGCCGGGUAAAUUGAGUAAAGAGUAUAAUAAUGCUCACUGACAGGCUGAAACAAAUGCAUACAGGUGGGUUUAAGGACAGAUGUACAUUAUAUACAGUGGAAGAUUUAGAGUAUAAUUAAAACAGUAAAAAGAUACCAAAUUCUACAAUGGGUGUCAAAAGCGACAACACACUGACGUGAAAUUUCUUCCAUACCCGUUUUCCAUUAAUGGAAUGUGGGGGGUUUUAGUUUCAGUGGUUGCUUUGUGGUUUUUCACAUGGCUUGAAUCUUAGCACACACGGCUUGAAUCUUAGCACACACGGCUUGAAUCUUUAGCACACACGGCUUGAAUCUUUAGCACACACGGCUUGAAUCUUUAGCACAAACGGCUUGAAUCUUAGCACACACGGCUUGAAUCUUAGCACACACUGCUUGAAUCUUAGCACACACGGCUUGAAUCUUAGCACACACGGCUUGAAUCUUGGCACACACGGCUUGAAUCUUGGCACACACGGCUUGAAUCUUGGCACACACGGCUUGAAUCUUGGCACACACGGCAUGAAUCUUAGCACACACGGCAUGAAUCUUAGCACACACGGCAUGAAUCUUAGCACACACGGCAUGAAUCUUAGCACACACGGCUUGAAUCUUAGCACACACGGCAUGAAUCUUAGCACUCACGGCAUGAAUCUUAGCACACACGGCAUGAAUCUUAGCACACACGGCUUGAAUCUUAGCACACUCGGCUUGAAUCUUAGCACACUCGGCAUGAAUCUUAGCACACACGGCAUGAAUCUUAGCACACACGGUAUGUAGUAUUUUUAAUUUGUUUUAUUUUUUAUCGUUUUUGUGUCUUGCUGUAAAUGUACUAUUAGUUUUUGCAAUGUAGUACAAAGACAGGUAUAGGAUCCACCCGCUGAGUUUUCUGAUAAUACAUGGUCUAAAAGCUGAAUGAAUUUCCUUCCUCUAUAACGAUUAACUAUCCUGGUGAUCUGUUGCAUUCACCCUGUACACUAAGACAACAAGAAUUCAAGCCAUACAGAGUCUGGUCUGACAACGUCCCACUAGAGUGCAUUCUGUUGCGUUUUUGGUUGUUUUUAUUUUGUAGAAAGAAACCUCAACAAUCACAAGUAUAAGGUAGAGAGUGUUCUAUGUGUAGAACAUUGCAGGGGACAGACAGUUUCUUCUAGAAAGAAUUGCAAGAUUCCACUUGAAAGCAAAGUAGUUUUGCAUGUGAUCAGAUUAAGUGUUCAAGCUGAACCUUUUUUUAUUUUUUUAUUUUAGUUUUUUAUGUUUCCUUCCUUGUGUUAAUCAUCUGAUUUCAGUCAUGGGUUAGGUCGUCAGCCUCUAUAGAUUAUUACUGAGAUGACAUUUUCCCGUAUAUAAUAUCUGUACUGGCUUCUCUUGCAGGUUUGCUGGAAACACUUGUGAGUUUGUUCGCCACGAGGGCAUUGGCUCUGACGGGUACUUGGCACACAUCUUCCGACAUGCGGCUAAGGAGCUCUUUGACAUGGAUGUUAAGGAAAUCACAUACAAAACGCUAAAGUGAGUGAGCAGGCCACUGUGAUGCUAAAUAUUGAUCUUUACCUUAAUGUAACUUUGGUCUUGUUGACCAAACAGAGACCUAUUGCAUGGUGAACCCAACGUGGUCCUGUAGUUGUCCUUGUUAAAAAUAUACAAGAGAGAGAGUUUGGGUGAGUCAACCGAGGGGACAGCUUGGGAAGAGAUCUGGGAGAGUCAUCCUGGGUUGUCCAUCUUUGUCUCAUAACAAGGAGCCUUGUCUAGAUCAUUCAAUUCACUGUUUACAGGAAGCUCAUCUCAAAAUGUAGAUCUUUAUGCAUAUAAUCUCUGAAAAUAACCCAUCCAUGAUAAAUCCCUGAAUAAAUGGAAAUGCUGUAGAAUACUGUGUAUAUAAUGUACAAUUAGAUUUUUUUUAUUUUUUUUGUGGCGACUUUCAGAAAUAAGGAUUUUCAGGAAGUUUGCCUUGAGAAAGAUGGAGAAACUGUCCUGCGCUUUGCUGCUGCUUACGGCUUUCGCAAUAUUCAGAAUAUGGUACUUAAACUGCGCAAAGGGAAGUUCCAUUAUCACUUUGUGGAAGUCCUGGCCUGUCCUGGAGGUAAGAAUCUGAAUAUGGCACUAGGCAGAACUUUUAUUCUAAACCUGUCACCUUUGCCCCCUAAAACAUUGCCCCCUAAAAUACAAAAGUGAAAUGAAAUUGCAGUGUCUACUGUCAAAUACUACCAUAUACAAUGUUCUUGUCUAUGACUGCCAAAUCUAUUUGUGAAGUAAAUCCGACUUUUCUAAUAAAAGAUUUAUUUAAAAAAAAAAAAAAAGGAUUUAAUUGGAAAACAUAUAUAUAUUUUUUUUUUUAUGAAAAUAAGUCUUGUUUGUGUGUGCAUGUUUAUUGCUUUGUUUUUAUGAAUUUGCAGACUUCUCAGAUCUCCUGCCUGGUAAUUAUAUCUACCUGCUAUCUGUAAAUAAAUGUUAUGUAUAAUUACCAGGUAGGACGAAAUACUAGCAGUGGUGCACUGCAGUCAACAACUAAUGAAAUGUUGAUUGUUCCAUUUUUUUUUUUUUUAAACAUAUGCCCCAGAAUUGCUCUAUAUACACAAUGAUCAUUCUUCUGAAAAUGUUUCCUACAUUAAUUGUCUGGACAGUUCCCAUGCAUUUUUUUUUUCCGGUAUGUUUUCUUUGGGGAUAUAUGGAAAAUAAAACCUUGCUAAAGCUGCAGAUAUGCUGUCUGCAGCCUUUACAAGCCCUCCCCCUUUUUCCAAUGCUGCGUGGGCCACUUCCGAUGACAAAAACAUCCCUUGCUUCUUCUCCAUAACAUAAAAGUGACAAUUUCUAUUGAAAUUGGCACUUUUAUAAACCGUCACAAAUGCAAAGUUCCUUUAAGCUCAUGUGUGUAACUCAUUAGUGGUCACACACUCAUUUGUACUUGAGAUUCUUUGAGUUGCAGUUUUAAAUUAUUCUCUUGCCUUUUCACUAUGAAAUACUGGAGCCCAACCCACCAGACAAGUGGUGGUGCCCUUUGAGACUGCAAAUUGGGCCAAGCCUCAUAGCAAAUCUUUUGAGUUCAUCUGGGACAUUGAGUUUGCAAAGAACUUGCUGCUACCUCUAUUAUGGAGAGGAACUUUAAGAGUCUAGCUACAAUGUGCCCUCCUAGAAUUGACUCUCUGUACUUGGCCCUGGAUUGCGUACAUUUUAGACAUUUAAUUUGGAUACUAAAACUUUGAGAUUGCAGAACAAACUCCAUUGACUACCACUGUAGCAGUAUAUAACUCUAUUUUUUUUUAUUUCCUGUAUCAGGAUGCCUGAAUGGAAAGGGUCAGGCACAGACUCUGGAUGGAAAACCAGAGCGAGCAACUCUACAUGAGAUGGAAGAGGCUUAUACGCUGGUCCCGGUACAGAGUCCCGAAAAUAACCCACACAUACAGGAGCUCUAUUUGAACUGGCUUGAGGGGGCAGAGUCUCAGAAAACAAGGGAAAUGCUACACACCAAAUUGGUCCCCGUCUCCCAAGCUGGAGCACGGCCGGACAUGAAGUGGUGACGUUCUGUAGACGCCCACCGAACAUUCGUACUGUUCUAUGCAAGGUGGCCCUUAACUCCUGCCCUCACAAAUUCCAUCAGUAGCCUCAGAAAUUUUUUUUUUUUUCUUUUCAAAUAUUCAUUUGUGGGCAACUUCAUACUUCAAAUCCCUUCCUGCAACCUGGAAAAGCUGUUUUGGAGAAUCUGUAGCCAGCAACGUUAAUAUAUUACCUGUGAAUUUACACAAUGGACCAACCAAAAUAAGGUGGUUGAUUUUGAGUUCUACUGGAAGAAUGUUGUCUUAUCUGCUGUAGGUUUUGGUGUCAGGCAUCUGCGGAAAUGAAACCUGAACCUGUUGUUCAGCAACGUUGGCGCUUGUCAGCUAAAUAAUAAAACUGUAAACUAUUUGCUGCUAGAUUGGGCUGGAAAAGUUUAAAUUGGCAGUGCAUAUAACUAUACUUUUUGUGACUGACAGGGACUGCCACCUGCCGAGGCCUGAUUUAAAUCUAAAAUAAUUAAGCCACAUUUAGCACAGUGUGUUCCCAUUAUUGUCCCACAAAAAAACAAUUGGUUGGAGACUAUAGGUGUGCAAACCAACUGCCUUGAUUGAAAAUAAUUUAUAAGCUGUUACCCCUGCCUGUUUGUCUUUAAAUAAUAAAUGGUGCUUUAUGUCAGUUGCUGGCUUGCAAUAUGAUACACCCCUAAUGGUUCAGGUUUUAGGGACAUCCCAAUUCUCUCCCAACGGGGAUACUAUUACAACUGAAACUGAUUAUGUUCUGCGGGAGGUCUAGUGUAGGUAUGGAGGACUUAAUGAGUAAUCUGGUCCGACUACCAUUGCUGAACCAAUUUAUAUGGAAGUUCCUUUUCUCAGGAGGUAAACUCAAAUAUCUACCUUUUAACCUGUACGUAAAGUUGAUUAAUAUUCAUGUAAACAGACACGUUAAGCACCGUCACUACUGCGGCUUUUUGUAGCGGAUAUUGUGCAAAGAGUCUGAUUGCAGUGCCCCAUAAUGCAUCCAACAUUUGACAACUGUGACAGACUGUGAGAACUGGUUUAUCCCCCGAUAAUCCAUGAUGUUUGCACCCUAUUACUGCUGCUCAAUUUUGUACGUCAUUGUACACUUACAUAGAGACAACUGCUCAAACAUUAUGAUAUAAAAAUGGGUAAGGAGGAAGUCAGUACCUAACGGAUGGGAACAGCCACUGCAAUACACUGUAGUGGUUAUAGUGCUUAGUGCGUCUGUUUAAUGUGGUGCUGGACUCGCUAGCUAUUUGAUUAAAUGUUGUUGAUUCCCGUUUUGUCUUCAAAGUGUUCGACUUCCUUAAAACUACCAAAGAGGCUGGAAACUUAAUUUGAAGAUACACAUAUGCGCUGCUAAUAUCUGUGUAAUAUUUCAAAAUACUAGCAUUGUUCUAACUGGUGUCUAACAUACCACGAGGCAUGAAUGUUACAUUUCUCCCCGGUACCGGUAAUUCUUUACUUUGUUUUCUUGUUGUCUUUGAGUUUGUGUUCGAUGACUAGCAAUGCAUUCGUCCAUAAACCAUGUUUGCAUGGGUCUAUUUAUUGUAUUUGCUCAUCGAUGCACACACUUGGAAUAAAUGGUAGACCUUUGAAAUUGUUCUGCUGAGUUACAUUUUAAUUUUAUAUUUUAAUUCCAGUUUGCAUGGGGUAUAUUCUUGGAGUGCCUAUAAGAGCC